UUCCGACACCAGAUAAAGAGAAGUGCGCAGAGGACAUCGCCAUGUUAACUCCCAAAUCUUCACCUAAAUUCAUCUCACCAUCUCACCUCCCAAGAAAACCUAAAUAUGUUUCCAAUCUCCACCAAAUCCAGCGAAGCUUUCUGAUAUCCUCAGACGAAGUUUCAGUUCUAGAAAAUCGAAUCUGAAUGGACUAGAAAUCGUUGGAGACUAGCAUUGUUGAUCUGGAAACGAUGGUCCUGUAGAAAGGUUCAUUUUAACAGAUUUCAUCUUCGAAUUGCUUUGGUUUGGCGGCGGCUCUUGGAUGAUAUAAGUUUCGCAGGGCUUCAUCGAAAUUGAAUGUGGAUGUGAUUUGCAUGGGGAAAGGAUGCCAGAGCUGCGAAGUGGAGCCCGGCAAGCUCGGUUAAGGUCCAAGCGGCUUGAUGAUCUUCAGCCUUCUCCCCAACCCCUUGAUCAAGCACAAAAUUGGGUGCCGCCUGCUCAAAAUAGAACUGGAAGGAGAGUUGGUGCUGGAAGAGGAAGGGGUUGCAAUGCCACAGCAGUAGCAAAAGGACCUUCUGCAGCAACACCAGCUAGGCCAGCUGCUGCUGGUCGAGGGAGGGGUAUCAAGCUGAUAGAGUUAGACCCAGAGAUUCCUUGUGAGGUUUUUCCAGAAGCUGCAGCUGUUGGAGCAGCCGAACCAGCUUUCAAGAGGGCAGAGGGGGUGGCAGACAAAGAAUUAUUUAUGGAGGGUGGAAGUGCCGAGAAACUGAUGGGAGUUGAGGAGGAGGCAAGCACAGCUCCAGUCCCUGAGAGGGUACAAGUAGGUAAUUCCCCCAUGUAUAAAAUAGAAAGGAAGUUGGGUAAAGGUGGUUUUGGUCAAGUCUAUGUUGGAAGAAGGAUGAAUGGUGGAACAGAACGAACAGGACCAGAUGCUGUGGAGGUGGCUUUGAAAUUUGAGCACCGUAGCAGUAAAGGUUGCAAUUAUGGCCCACCCUAUGAGUGGCAAGUUUACAACACCCUGAAUGGGUGUUAUGGAAUACCCGGGGUUCACUACAAGGGUCGCCAAGGAGACUACUACAUUCUAGUGAUGGACAUGCUUGGCCCCAGUCUUUGGGAUGUUUGGAAUUCUGUAGGCCAGUCGAUGUCACCCAAUAUGGUGGCAUGCAUUGCUGUGGAAUCGAUAUCAAUUCUUGAAAAGCUUCACUUGAAGGGGUUCGUGCAUGGGGAUGUGAAGCCAGAAAAUUUCUUGCUUGGUCAACCAGGGUCUGCCGAUGAAAAGAAGCUCUUUCUUAUCGAUCUUGGUUUGGCAUCUAGAUGGAAGGACGCAUCAUCGGGUCAACACGUUGACUAUGACCAGAGGCCUGACAUCUUCAGGGGAACAAUUAGAUAUGCUAGUGUACAUGCACAUUUAGGUCGGACAGGGAGCAGAAGGGAUGACCUUGAAUCACUUGCUUAUACGUUGAUAUUUCUAAUCAAAGGAAGGUUACCAUGGCAGGGCUAUCAGGGAGACAAUAAGAGUUUCCUUGUUUGCAAGAAAAAGAUGGCCACUUCUCCUGAGCUUCUGUGUUGCUUUUGUCCUGCUCCAUUCAAACAGUUCCUUGAGGUUGUGACAAAUAUGAAGUUUGAUGAGGAACCAAAUUAUGCUAAGCUUAUUUCUCUUUUUGAAAGCCUGAUAGAACCGUGCACCUUGAGGCCAAUUAGAAUUGAUGGAGCUUUAAAGGUUGGCCAGAAGCGUGGAAGAUUGCUUGUAAAUCUGGAAGAAGAUGAGCAACCUAAGAAGAAAGUGCGAUUAGGAAGUCCAGCUACCCAGUGGAUUUCAGUUUACAAUGCAAGACGACCCAUGAAACAAAGAUAUCACUACAAUGUGGCAGAUUCAAGGCUUCGUCAACAUGUAGAGAAGGGUAAUGAGGAUGGGUUAUACAUCAGUUGUGUGGCAUCUGCAGCAAAUCUCUGGGCCCUGAUCAUGGAUGCUGGAACAGGUUUCUGUUCUCAGGUUUAUGAAUUGUCUGCCGUCUUCCUACAUAAGGAUUGGAUAAUGGAACAGUGGGAAAAAAAUUAUUACAUCAGUUCAAUAGCUGGUGCGGCAAAUGGGAGCUCAUUGGUUGUUAUGUCUAAAGGAACACCUUACACCCAACAGUCCUACAAAGUGAGUGAGUCUUUCCCCUUCAAGUGGAUUAAUAAGAAAUGGAAAGAAGGUUUCCAUGUAACCUCCAUGACUACUGCCGGCAGCCGCUGGGGUGUAGUAAUGUCAAGGAAUUCUGGUUAUUCAGACCAGGUUGUGGAACUUGAUUUCUUGUACCCAAGUGAAGGAAUACACCGGCGAUGGGAGAGUGGUUACAGGAUUACUUCCACUGCUGCCACUCCUGAUCAAGCUGCCUUCAUAUUAAGCAUACCUAAACGUAAAGUGGUGGAUGAAACACAAGAAACUCUGCGUACCUCAGCCUUUCCUAGCACCCAUGUAAAGGAAAAAUGGUCCAAGAAUCUCUAUAUUGCAUCAAUUUGCAAUGGUCGUACAGUUUGUUAAUGUGCCAGUGGGGUUUAUAUUCGGUAAUUUUCUAAAGAAAUGUAGGUGCCAAAUCUUGAAAGUUGAGAGGGCUUGUUCUUGGAAUUGGUUUUGCAAUCAAUCAGAGCUACCAUUGCCCAAUGUGAAUGACAAUCCCUUGCUUCUCAAACCGAAUCUUACUACGCCCUUGUAAAAAUGGGAAAAG